UGUGUGGAGUGUCAUUGUAGUGUGUAAGUGUAGUAUUUAUAUGGAAUUUGAUGGUAUGAAAUGACUUACAUGAUGACUGCCUUGAAAAAUCUGUGACUUACAAUUAAUAAAAAUGGUAACAGAUAUAAAUUGGAAAUUAUAGCAUAAAAAUAAGUCAAAAUGACUAGUGUUAACGAACAACUGGUUAAUAAUUUGCGAGUUGAAAUCGAAAGGUUGACUCGCGAGUUAGACCAAGCAAGUAGCGAAAAAGUACAAUCUGCUCAAUACGGACUGUUUUUUAGAGAAAAAAGUUCAUUGCAAAAUAAAUGUGAGGAAUUAGAGACCUUGUGAAACACCAGGCAUGAACUCGAAAUUGCACAAGAGGCUCUUACUAAAUAUCACACAUCACAAAAAGAAACCAAUAAAUCAGGCAUCGAACAGGAAGAUGCUUUGCUCAACGAAACAGCAGCUCUGGAAACAAGUCUUAAUCUUCAAAUAUUGGAAUUGGAAAAUGAGACUAAACAGUUAAGGCAUGAAUUGGACCGAGUGGUUGCCGAAAGGGAUCGGAUGCUACAAGAGAAUUGUGAUAUUGGUAAGGAUAAAGCUGAAAGGGAAAAUGAGAGGGCCAAAUUAAAAAGUGAAUUGCGAGAUAUGAAAUAUAGAGAAACACGCAUGCUGGCUGAUUAUUCUGAGCUUGAAGAAGAGAACAUUAGUUUGCAGAAGCAAGUAUCUAUGUUAAAAUCAUCACAGGUUGAAUUUGAAGGGACUAAGCAUGAAAUAAGACGUCUUCAGGAAAAUGAAGAAUUUUUGAAUUCACAAGUUGAAGAUUUAGGACAUUUGAAGAAAAUAGCUGAAAAACAAAUGGAAGAAGCUUUGCAAGCUUUACAGGCUGAACGUGAAGCAAAAUAUGCAUUGAAGAAAGAAUUAGACCAACAUCUCAACAGAGAGAGCAUGUACAAUAUAAGCAAUUUAGCUUAUAGUAUCAGAGGUACGUUAGUUAAUGCUUGUAAUCAGCAGAUGGUGAGUGAUGGAGAGGACGAUAUGCCUGUUUUGAAACGCAUCGAAGCUGAUUUAUCGGGAUCUGGUGAUGAUCUUGCUUCUCCUGGUGGAAAACAAGUGGAUUUGUUCUCAGAAAUUCAUUUGAAUGAAUUAAAGAAACUUGAAAAGCAAUUAGAACUUGUGGAAACCGAAAAGAUUUCAUUGACUGGCAAUCUUAGAGAAUCACAAAAAAUUGUAGAAAGGUGCCAAGGUGACUUACAAGGAUUUAUGGCAAAAGUUUUACAAUUAGCUGCUCAAGUGGAUUCCUUAAGUCAUUUGCGACAUAAAACGGAAAAGGCUGUAGAAAAUACUAAUAAGGUAUUUUUUAAUAAAAAAUGUGGUGCUAUUGCUGAGAAAUUGUCAAUAGCAGUCAACCAGUACCAGCAAUUCUUUAAGCUGUCAGCUCAGGAAAUAGAUGAACUUAAAAACAAUUUUAAAGAUUUAGAAAAUGACCUGCAUUGCAGCGAUGCAAUGGUUUUACUCAGGACAGAAAUAACCAAUCUUAAAAACAAGUUGCUGGAUGUUGAACAACACAGUUCAGAUUUAGAAUCUGAUAUACGACUAUUAGGUAAACUUGCUGGUGAAGCCGGAAGUUCUUUGGAAACUGCCCAAAAUGACUUACUUGCCGUUUCUGAUGAAUUAGCACAGCUGUAUUAUCAUGUUUGUACAGUUAAUGGUGAAACGCCUAACAGAAUAGUAUUGGAUCAUGAAAAAGCGCCUGCUUCUGAAGAUAAUGCUGAAUUGAAUGUCAGUAGGAUUGAAUUGUUGCGUAGCCAACUCAAGACAUACAUUCCUGGUAAUGAUUUAGAAUACUUAUCCGAUGCGACAGAUCUGUCUAAACAUAUUUCUAUAAUCUUGGAUCAGAUGAAACAUUUAAGGAAUUCAGUUGAAAGCACAAUUGAAAUGUCUAAAAUCAAAGGAGUUCGGGCCAAUGCUUCUGAUGGUUUGUCAAGUUAUAAUAAAGAAGCAGAAGUUGUGGAACUUCAAGAACAAAUAAUAAAACUUAAAUCAUUACUGUCAACAAAACGGGAACAAAUAGCAACCUUGAGAACAGUAUUGAAAUCAAAUAAAAAUACUGCUGAAGUAUUGUUAACCAAUUUGAAAUCUAAAUAUGAGAAUGAGAAGACGAUUGUUUCUGAAACAAUGAUGAAGCUCAGGAAUGAGUUGCGAGUUCUGAAAGAGGAUGCAGCAACAUUUUCAAGUUUGAGAGCAAUGUUUGGUGCACGCUGUGAAGAAUAUGUGACCACCGUUGACGAAUUACAGCGACAACUGACAGCUGCAGAAGAAGAAAAAAAGACUCUCAACCAAUUAUUACGACUAGCUGUUCAACAAAAACUCAUGGUCAAUCAAAGGUUAGAAGAGUUAGAAAUGGAUAGAGAAUUACGAAAUGCUCGUAGACAUAAUAAUGCUUCUAAUGUCGGCGGACGCGGAGCCAAAACCUCAUUUCCUAGAGCAGGUCGCAGUCAUUCUGGCAGGGAAUUUUUUUAGCCAAGACAUGAGCCUGUGCGAUGCGUAAUAGCUCUAGUCAAUACAUUAUGGAAGCUAUGAAAUGUACAUAUUAACAGCUUACAUAGUUUGAUUCAUAAAUUUGUUGUGGUGAGUUUCUGGUAGGUAAUGACAACUUAUUCAUAAAUUCAUAAUUUUUGAUUUUACUGUAGUAAUACAUAUAAAUUACUAACACCUGCUUCUUUUAUAUAUUUGCAAACUAUCUUGCUUUUACUUGGUUUCAAUGCUGCAAAUACGGCUUUUUGUUUUAUUAUACCAUACAUAUAAAAAUUUAUAUAAUGCAGUUUUUAUGGUAUUAGUUUUUCU